AUGGACCUAAACCAACCAGCACCUACAGAGUCAGAAGAAAUCCAGUCUGAAAUCUCAAAUGUUGGUGAAUCAGAGAAGGAAAGAAGAAGCAUAUUUUCUUUACUGGCAUCUGAACUUGAGAAGAGAUAUCAGAACAGGCUCAAGCAUUUAAACAUGGAAAACUUGAGUAGCACCAGCUAUAAAGCAGUUUACUGUGGAACAGAUGCACCAGCAUUGUCAACUGAAGAAGUCAUGAAGGUUGCAAGAGCAAGAUUCAGCAAGUAUUCUCCCCAAAUUUCUGAUAACCUCCUCACCCAUACCAAUGAUCUCUCCGAUGAGGAUGCUAAAAAUGUGGAACUAGCUCAGUUGCUUUUUGAUUCUGCGGAGAAGGUUAGCAACCAGCAGUAUGAUCAUGCAAGGGCAUUACUUGACAUAUGUCAUAACUUGUCUUCAAUUACAGGCAAUCCAGUUAAAAGACUUGUGUACUACUUUGUUGAAGCUCUUCGGGAGAGGAUUAAUAGAGAAACAGGAAAGAUUGCACCAGAAAAUGAUGGAAGAUAUGGACUUGACAUAGACGAAGCUUUGAGGAGUCCGAGCCCCUCCAUUCUUGCAUGUAUCCAAGAAAUUCCCUUCAUUAAACCAACACAAUUCACUGCAAUCCAAGCCGUUGUAGAAAAAGUGAUCAAGGCAAAAAGGGUUCAUGUAAUCGAUCUCGAAAUCAAAACUGGCGAGCAAUGGACAAUUUUGAUGCAAGCUUUUGCUACUCAACAUGAAUGCCCCCUUGAACUUCUUAAGAUAACUGCUGUUGUAACAUCAACUUCAAAACGCAGAGUACAGAAGACUGGCAAAAGUUUGAUGGACUUUGCUAAGACUGUCAACGUACCCUUAUCAUUUAAAACGGUUUUUGUAUCGGACUUCAAAGAUCUAAAGAAAGAUGCCUUUCAGGUGGAGGCCGAGGAAUUUCUUGUUGUCUACUCUACGUUAUUUUUUAAGAGUUUCCUUCUCAAGCUUGAUUGCUUGGAAUCUGCAUUGGUACUACUAAAAAAUCUGAAACCAUGUAUAAUUGUGGUCUCAGAAAUUGAGGCAAACCAUAAUUCACAACCUUUCAUGGACCGCUUUAGUGAAGCACUUUUUUACUACAGUGCAUUUUUUGAUGGCAUUGACGCUUCCAUGGAUCAAUUCAAUACAAAUAGAAUAUGUAUUGAACUUAUCUACCUAAGUCACAUGAUACGAACUAUCAUAGCAACUGAGGGUGAGGAGAGAACAGUUCGACAUGAAAAGAUCGAUUAUUGGAGGGCUUUUUUCGCUAGAUUUGGAAUAGUGGAGACAGAGUUGAGCACUUCAUCCUUGUAUCAAGCAAAUCUGGUUGUCAAAAAGUUUUCUUGUGGGAAUUCUUGCACACUAACUAUGAACGGAAAAUGCCUAUUGAUUGGAUGGAAGGGAACACCAAUUUUUUCUGUUUCAGUUUGGAAGUUCCAAUAA